AAUAAUCAUGCGCAUCGCUCGUUGGCUCUUGGGCGGAGGCCGCGAACAUGUCGGCCUCGUUCUAGGCAAUGACGCAUCCGGUAAAACAACAUUUCUAUACAGACUCAAGUUUAAUGAAGCUGUGCAGGCCCUUCCGACAAUUGGCUUCAAUGUCGAGACUAUAGACUGUCCUGAUGGAGAGAAAGUUACCCUCUGGGACGUUGGAGGCUGUGAUGCCAUUCGUCCUCUCAUACGACACUACAUGGCCCAAGAUCGCUUCCUAGUAUUCAUUCAAAGCUGCACCGACGCAGAUCCUGAUCGUGUUGAGUUCUCGCUUGAGUAUCUCCGCAUGGGAAUGAAUAUGAUGCUUGAAUACGAGGCAAAGCACAUGUUUAUCAUCUUCAACAAACAAGACCUCCUCUCGGAAGAAGAACGACCAAAAGUCGUAAAAGAACUAAAGGCUAAGAUAGAAGCUGAGAUCAAGCCAUAUGCUGAUAAGCUCGAUAUAAAGAUCCUGGAUAAUUCUGGUCUAAGUGCCCUAUGGGGUUGCCAGGUUCAUAACGUCAUGGAUGAGAUACGAAAGACGUUGAAACCGAAGAACGCAGGUAAGGAUACGAAAGCUGAGAUUGAACAGAGGGAGAAAGGGCCGAGUGAAGAGGAACUUCGCAAUAGGAUUCGAACGGCUAAUGCUGAGAGUGCUGAUGCCAAGACGUUCUGGGAAUCGUUUCUAGAUGGAACUUUGGAGGGGUGGGAUCAUUUCACUCAUCUCAGGGCGGGUUUCUUCGUCAUGCACGAUUGUUUCGGUAAAGGAUUGGGAUUGUUGGAGUGUGCUGAUGAGUUUAUGAAGCAUUUGAAUCGGCUGCGGGAGGGAAAUCCUGAGAGGUUUCGCAACACAGCGCACAAAACGAUGACGAUAUUCUGGCUUCAUCAAAUACAAGUCGCUGCAAUAGGAUACCAAGCAAAAGCACACCUCGACAAAUUCCCCUCUCGAGAAGACUACGCCGACAUCGUCUUCUCAGCACCACAUCUCAUGAACUCGGGCCUCUGGAGAUCAUACUACUCCAAGAACCUAUUGUUCUCGCAGCUAGCUCGGGAUCACUAUAGUCUUCCUGACUUUAAGCCUCUUCCCACUAUUAAGCAGGCCACUUCUGCGCCUUUGCGAGAGAAAGCUGUGAACGAUGUUGAUCGGCUGCCUCGAUUUGCGUUUUCGGUGGUUCAAAAGACUCUUUCGUCAAAGCUUAGACGGGGAGGAGUUGUUAAACAGGCUCUUGAAGCACUGCAGUCUUCGACUAUGCGUUUGAGGGCUUCGGAUUCUUCGGUUCCUCCGUACUCUGAGACACAGGCGUAUUUCUGGAUUCAGAUCAUUCACGCCUAUACCCGCUCCUUGGAGGUUGAAUCGUCCGAAAGCCAAUUUACCACUUACGAGGCGUUUAAGUCUCUGUUCGACAUUAAGGGUGAUGAGUGGAGGGAGCAUUACUCCCAAUCAACGUGGGAGAGCAUCGCCGCUCGAAUGACAUUCGUCAACCCCGACAAGAAACCUCUCCCCAAUAUCUUCGGUUUACCGUCACAAGCAAGAAAAGACCUCGCUCGUUCACAAAUGAUAAACUCCAUGAACCACCGCUCAACGAAUACAGACCUCCCACCCCCUGAUGACCUAGACUUUCUAGCAGCACUCCUCGUCGACGAAGCAAAACUCAUCCCAGAGUCCGAACUCAACGUCGCCAGCCACGCGAGCCUCAUCCGUUUCCUAUUCAACCGUCUUACAGAAAAGACCAAAUCUACCGCUACGAGCACAAAACGCGGUGAUGCUUCGCUAGCUUCGUCAACGGCGCUGGAGAUUGCGAAAUGGACUGGUUUGACACAGGCUAUGUUCUGGGUACAGCAGAUCCAAAUUGCACUGGCGGGACGGAAAGACAUGGGAUUUGAGGAGUUUAUUAAGGGGAAUUCGGGUUUGGCGUUUGAGGAUUUACCGUUUGUGUAUUAUUCGCCGCAGUUGUGGGGGAGUGUUGAGGCGAGGGAUGGUUACGAAUGGGAUUAUAUACAAGUCGAAAUGGAUUAA